AAUUAAAACGAAAUGUUUCAAUAAUCACAUGGAACCGGCGCUUUAUAAUUAUGAAAUAAUCAAGUCAUUAAUUAUUCUGACUAAUUAAUACACACGACUUUGAACAGUAAUUGAUUAUUUACCUCUAGUUACAACUGAAAGUUUAGACAGACAAUACACACAGUAAAAUGUUUGAGAAAAAAGUUCAGCCGUGUGACUCAUUUACAGCGGCAUAUAAUGUGUUGAUUUUUGCUGGUUACUACAAGCUGUUAAAUCGAAAGAAGGGAUUCAUAUGGAUGUGCCAUCAGUUGUACAGAUGUUUUGCAUUAACCGUUGUUGUUUUGUAUAAUGCUGCGCACAUUAUAUUUAUUAUACAGAGCCGUAAUAGCUUGAGCGACAUGUUGGAUUGCACGAUGCUGGAAAUUCCGCAUAUGAAUUUACUAGUAAAAGUUUUUACAUUGAACUUUCACAUACAGAAGGUUGAUAAAAUAAAUCGAUUAUUAAAAGAUCCUAUUUUUGCGCCAAUAACAAAGAAAGACGAGGAAAUGCUCCUAGGAACUACCAGGCUGAUGCAUCUUUGGAUAAAGCUGUCGAAGAUAUGCAUCACAAUGAUUACGCCUAUCUGGUUUACAUCGUUCCUCGUGAAGAGAUACCAGGAUCCGACAGCCAUUGUAUCUGCUUAUACGCCUUAUGAAACUGAUUCGUGGGAAGGAUUCAUAUACUCAGUAAUACAAGAAGUGCUACCUAUACUAUGGACGGGGUACGGCCACUUGGCUCUCGAUUGCCUCAUAGUGACGUAUUAUGCACAAGCGGAGGUCCAAUUGAAGAUGAUCAAGUACAAUUUAGAGCAUUUGUUCGAUGUGACCGAGGGAACGGAAUAUUGUAGGGAUUAUGGCCUAUCUGGCUUAUAUAGGGAUGUUCUUGAUGACGGAUUGAGGAGCCGUUUUAUACAUUAUGUGAGAAGAUAUGAGGCUGUUGCUUGGUACGUGAAAGAAGUCGGUAAUGUUUUCAACACUGCCGUGUCAUUUCAAUUCUUCAGUUCGUCUGCUACUCUUUGCAUUAUUACAUACGAAAUGAGUUCCACUCCAGUCGUGUCAGUGCCAUUUGCAUUUUUAGCAAUGGUGCUCAUAAUAAUACUAAUGCAAGUAUUUAUUUACUGUUACUUUGGGAACAUGGUCCAAUGCGAGAGUGAUUCAGUGAUAACCUCGAUAUAUCUGAGUGACUGGUUAUCAGCGUCUCCGCAACUCCGAAGACUGGUCCUAAUAGCCAUGAUUCGUUGGUCCCGCAGCUUAACACCCAGAGUCUCUGGCAUCAUACCGAUGUCCCUGGCUACUUAUGUUUCUAUUCUACGAUCAGCGUACAGCUUGUUCGCGGUUUUGAGUACAAAGUAAUAGAGUGUAUUUAAACCACAGUAAGAAAAUAUAGUAGAAGAAGAUAAU